AGUGUUCUUCCCCCUUCCUCCAAGAGCAUAUGAUCCCAUCUUUCCCAGCCAGAUCCGUUAAAAUGCCAUUUCACAAGACAAAGAAGUUAAUUUUCCGUUCAACCUGACACAAAUUUCCUCCACCGUGGCGUCGUCGGGGUCGCAAGCCGUCUCUCGUAGGAAACCGUCUUCGUCUUCUGCAACAAGUAGUGGUCCGAGCAAAGCUGAGCAAAGAGAACAUUUGAGGAAGGAUCUGAAGGUCGAUUAUCCAUUUUGGCAACAGAAUUGGUUCAUCGGAUUGCUGUUCUUGAUGGCGAUGGGGUUCUUUGGUCUUGCUCUCUUCCUCUUCCUCACUUUCGAUUUCGAUCAAGGUUCUCCUUCCUCCGCCUCCGCCGCCUCCUCCUCCUCCUCCCAAAACGUCCAGGUUACUUAUGGGACGGUUUUAAAGCUGAUGCACGAGAAAACAAAAUUUAGGCUUCAUUCACACGAGGUGCCGUAUGGUUCUGGAAGUGGACAGCAAUCUGUCACCGGCUUUCCUAAUGUAGAUGACUCCAACAGCUACUGGAUAGUUAGGCCUCCACCCGAUACAUCUGCUAAACAAGGAGACACCAUCCCCGAUGGGGCAAUUAUUAGGUUGCAACACAUGAGGACCCGAAAAUGGCUGCAUAGCCACUUGCAUGCAUCCCCAAUAUCCGGAAACCUCGAGGUCAGUUGCUUUGGAGGAGAAUCAGAAUCGGAUACCGGCGAUUAUUGGAGGCUCUUGAUUGAGGGAAGUGGAAAGACUUGGAAGCAAGAUCAAAGGAUUCGGCUUCAACAUAUUGACACUGGCGGUUACCUGCAUAGUCACGACAAGAAAUACGCCAGAAUAGCUGGUGGACAGCAAGAGGUUUGUGGCGUUAGAGAAAAGCGUGCUGAUAAUGUAUGGUUGGCUGCAGAGGGUGUGUACCUCCCCAUUACUGAAAGCAAGUAGUAUACUUGUUUAGGAGAUUACUACAAUGUGAAAGCAGGUGCAUGGAUUUUGGAUUUGUAGGUGACUGGUGCCUGUUUGCUUUAGUAGCUGAUAGUCAUUUUACUAAAUCAGUAGUAUGUUUUGCAGAACAACUCUCUGCUAAAUACCCUAUCAUGCAUGGUUUUGUACCUUGAGAUGAUACUAAUCAGAUAUACCCCUUUUUAUGAUUAAUUAUAUAUACUUUUUUCAGUAGAGCAA